AUGCCCCAGGCGGCCGGCCAGCAGCAGCAACUGAAGCUCCAGAGCCUGUCCCCCUCCCAGAGCCUGUCCCCCUCCCAGAGCCUGUCCCCCUCCCAGUCCUGGCCCCCCUCCCAGAGCCUGUCCCCCUCCCAGCCCCUGGCCUCCCACACCGCCCUCUCUCUGUCGGACAGCCCCCAGCCCUCCCCCCGCCCCCAGCCCUCCCCCCAGUCCUGGCCCCCCUCCCAGCCCCAGACCCCCACCCGAUCCUGCACCCCCUCCUCUCUUCCCCCAAUGUUAAUUAUCCAGAACCAGAUCCCAGGCUCCUCCCAGCCUGCCCCACAACAACAACAACAGAUACACCUCCAGCCCCAGCCCCUACCCCGGCCCCCCUCCCAGCCUUCUCUCUACCAACCGGACGUCCCCCCUCCCUCCUGCUCCCCCAAACCCCCACAGAUCCUCCAGGCCCCUCUGGCAGGGUUCCAGUUCACUGCUAGCCAGGUGGGGGCCCCCGGGGGUGGAGUGGUGAAGACCCAGGUCCCCCUGCAGUUCCCGGUCUUAACAGCAGAGCAGCAGCACCAUCUGCAACUGGUUGGUGCUCAGCUCCAGACGCUGUCUACCAUCGCUCAGCCCUCUCCACAACAGAAACAACUGCUGGACAAACUACACCAGGUGUGAAGGAACCCACCCUAACAUUCCCUCACUUCUCACUGCUCAGAUGUUUUGAUUUGCUGCUACCUGUGUGUUUAUCAAAGUAUUCGAAUAAUCCAUUUUCUCUCUUUAUUCACGCUCAGGUCCAACAGAACGUUCUACUACAGGCCAACCAGCAGCAGCAGCAGCAAAGCCAACCCCAACAACAUCGUCGUCAACAACAAGACUUGCUUGCUCCUCAGACGUCUGUGCUGGUCAAGACUCCUGCCACAGGUCAGAAAGAAACAACAUUACUACUGUGAAAUGUGUUCCUGAUCUGACUCCCCUCUCUCUCUUCAGCAUCCAAUGACGUGUUGUCAGGAGUUCAGGUGAACCAGGGGGGCAUGGCUCCAGCUAGCCUUAACCAGUCAGUACACCAGGCUGGUCAACAGUCCCUACACCAGGCGGGUCAACAGUCCCUACACCAGGCUGGUCAACAGUCCCUACACCAGGCGGGUCAACAGUCCCUACACCAGGCGGGUCAACAGUCCCUACACCAGGCUGGUCAACAGUCCCUACACCAGGCUGGUCAACAGUCCCUACACCAGGCUGGUCAACAGUCCCUACACCAGGCUGGUCAACAGUCCCUACACCAGGCUGGUCAACAGUCCCUACACCAGGCGGGUCAACAGUCCCUACACCAGGCUGGUCAACAGUCCCUACACCAGGCUGGUCAACAGUCCCUACACCAGGCUGGUCAACAGUCCCUACACCAGGCUGGUCAACAGUCACUAAACCAGGCUGGUCAACAGUCACUAAACCAGGCUGGUCAACAGUCCCUACACCAGGCUGGUCAACAGUCCCUAAACCAGGCUGGUCAACAGUCCCUACACCAGGCGGGUCAACAGUCCCUACACCAGGCUGGUCAACAGUCCCUAAACCAGGCUGGUCAACAGUCACUAAACCAGGCUGGUCAACAGUCCCUACAUCAGGCUGGUCAACAGUCCCUACACCAGGCUGGUCAACAGUCCCUACACCAGGCUGGGGCUGUGCAGGUGGGUAACACUAACUGACCCUCAAACCUCAUUUCAACCAAAAAGCUUUAUUGGCAUUCAAAUUGAAAUAAAUACGAAUUUGUUGUUAACUGCCAUACCUGGAUAAAUGAAGGUUCAAUAGUAUGAUUUUACUACCCCUCUUUCUUCUGCCAGGUGGGGGGGAUGGAGUCAGGGUCAGGUCUGGGUCAGAUGACCUUCAGCCCUGAUCUGGCCUCUCUACAAAUACAGGUGAGGAGACCCUCAACCAAUCCUGAUGGCUUCCAUUUCUGACUAUUCAAUCACAUGUCUAAUCAAUCUGGGUCUAUGGUGUGAUGGUGCGAUGGUGUGAUGGUGCUAUGGUGUGAUGGUCAUGGAUGCUGUGAUGGUGCUAUGGUGUGAUGGUCAUGGAUGCUGUGAUGGUGCUAUGGUGUGAUGGUGCUAUGGUGUGAUGGUCAUGGAUGCUGUGAUGGUGCUAUGGUGUGAUGGUGCUAUGGUGUGAUGGUCAUGGAUGCUGUGAUGGUGCUAUGGUGUGAUGGUGUGAUGGUCAUGGAUGCUGUGAUGGUGCUAUGGUGUGAUGGUGCUAUGGUGUGAUGGUCAUGGAUGCUGUGAUGGUGCUAUGGUGUGAUGGUCAUGGAUGCUGUGAUGGUGUGAUGGUGUGAUGGUCAUGGAUGCUGUGAUGGUGCUAUGGUGUGAUGGUCAUGGAUGCUGUGAUGGUGCUAUGGUGUGAUGGUCAUGGAUGCUGUGAUGGUGCUAUGGUGUGAUGGUGCUAUGGUGUGAUGGUGCUAUGGUGUGAUGGUGCUAUGGUGUGAUGGUCAUGGAUGCUGUGAUGGUGUGAUGGUGUGAUGGUGCUAUGGUGUGAUGGUGCUAUGGUGUGAUGGUCAUGGAUGCUGUGAUGGUGCUAUGGUGUGAUGGUCAUGGAUGCUGUGAUGGUGCUAUGGUGUGAUGGUGCUAUGGUGUGAUGGUGCUAUGGUGUGAUGGUGCGAUGGUGUGAUGGUGCUAUGGUGUGAUGGUCAUGGAUGCUGUGAUGGUGCUAUGGUGUGAUGGUGCUAUGGUGUGAUGGUCAUGGAUGCUGUGAUGGUGCUAUGGUGUGAUGGUGCUAUGGUGUGAUGGUCAUGGAUGCUGUGAUGGUGCUAUGGUGUGAUGGUUGCUAUGGUGUGAUGGUCAUGGAUGCUGUGUCUUAUUCACCUGACAGACUGCUACUAUGAAGAUGCCUUUCAGUAUGGCUAAACCCAGCAAGGAAGCCAGGUAUGCUCCUGUAUCAUUCUCCUGUAAAAUAUCCACAUUGUGUGGAACAAUAAUGUUUUUUUCUCUAUUCUAUUUUAUGUGGUGUUUGUUUGUGCGCAUGAGUGUUGUCUUACGGCUUGUUAAAAGUAUGGCAAUUCAGUCUUGUGACCCAUCUUCCUCGACCCUGUGUGUGUGUAGGAUGUUGGAGCAGCUGAGGAAGCAGCAGGGUUCAGUCCUCCACCCAGACUACAGCUCUCCCUUCCAGUGCUUUGAAGACACCCUGAUCCGCCUGGUGCCUUACCACCUCUACCAGGGCACUGCCACCUCACCACACGACUACCACAGAGGUAUACACACCCUGACCCGCCUGGUGUCUUACCACCUCUACCAGGGCACUGCCCCCCACCCCCACGACUACCACAGAGGUACACACACCCUGACCCGCCUGGUGUCUUACCACCUCUACCAGGGCACUGCCACCUCACCACACGACUACCACAGAGGUACACACACCCUGACCCGCCUGGUGUCUUACCACCUCUACCAGGGCACUGCCACCUCACCACACGACUACCACAGAGGUACACACACCCUGACCCGCCCUGGUGUCUUACCCCCUCCCCCCAAGGGCAAGCCCCCUCACCAAAACGACACACAAGGUCAACACCCUGACCCGCCGGGGUCCCUUUUACCACCUCACCGGGGCACUGCCACCUCACCCACGACUACCAGAUUUAAAAACCCCCCCUUUACCCCCUGGUCCCUUUAAACCACCUCUCCCAGCACGCCACCUCCCCCACACUACUACCACAGGGGUAUAACACCCUGACCCGCCGGGGUUUUACCCCCAUUACCCAUGCCCCCCCCCCCCAAAAACCCCCCCCGGGUCCACACCCUCCCCGCCUUUUUCCCCCUCCCCCCUCCCCCCCCCACCCUCCCUUUCCCCCCUCCCGCCUGGGUUUUCCCACCUCUCCGGGGCCUGCCCCCCCACCACAAGCUCCACAGAGGUACACCCCCUGACCCCCCGGGUGUUUUACCACCUCUACCGGGGCAUCCACCUCACCCCACCUCCCAAAAGGGGUCACCACCCGACCCCCUUGUCUUACCACCUCAAAGGGGCACUGCCACCCCACCACACACUACCCAAUUUACCCCCCCCCUGCCCCGCCUGGUGUCUUACCCCUUACCAGGGCAUCCCCCCACCCACACGACCCCAAAGGUAACCCCCCCCUGACCCGCCUUGGGUCUUACCCCCUCCCAGGCACUGCCACCUAAACCACACCUACCACAGGGUUCACACCCUUUCCCCCCUUUUUUUACCCCCCCCUCCUUACAGGGCACGCCCCCUCACCACACACUACCACAGAGGUCCACACCCUGACCCCCCCGGGGCCCCAAACCCCACCUCUACCACCCUCCACCACCCCCACACCACACACUACCACAGAGGUAUACACCCCCGACCGCCUGGUGUCUUCCCACCUUACCAGGGCAUCCCCCCCCAACCACACACUACCCCCCGGGUAAAAAAAACCCUGACCCCCUGGUGUUUCCACUCCCCAGGCACUCCCCCCCCCUCACCACACAAAACCAAGGGUUCACACCGGAACCCCGCCUGGUGUCUUACCACCUCUACCAGGGCCCUCCACCUCACCACAUACUACCACGAGGUUCCCACCCCUGACCCCCCCUGUGCUUCCCACCUCUCCAGGGCACUGCCACCCCCACACGACAACCCAAAGAGGUACACACACCGACCCCCUGGUGUCUUACCCCCUCUCCCGGCCCCUCCUACCACACACCACACCAAAGGUACACACCCCCUGACCCGCCCUGGUGUCUUACCACCUCUACCAGCGGCACUGCUACCACACCACACGACUACCACAGAGGUACACACACCCUGACCCGUCUGGUGUCUUACCACCUCUACCAGGGCACUGCCACACCACCACACGACUAACACAGAGAUAUACACCCUGCUGUUAACAGCAGGAUCGAUACAGUAUUAUAUUGCAAUAUUAUUUUGGAUAAUAUUAUAUCAAUACUUUGACUCCAAGUAUCAAUUUGUGGGUAGCGUUAGCUAGCGCUAGUUGGCUGUACCGGGGCCAAAACGCCGGUGUUUUGUUCUCCAUCUUCUUUUUAAAUAGUGAGUAGUGCUGAGCGGUUAACGGAAAUUUCUGUUAUUUUUCUGGUUUUUAAACAACUAUAAUUGACCAACGUCGGUUAAAUAUUUGAAUUCCAUUUUCGUAGUUAUUUUUUUCUGUGAGCUUGAUGUGCCGUUUCUGUAGCGAUAAAUCAGAUGAUGCCUGAACUGUGCGAUGUAGUAGGGAGUUGGAGUUUCCAACAGGCCAAUAUUCUACAUAGUUUAGCGCAGAAAAUGUGGUAAUUAACUACAAUGACCAUAAUCCAUUGCGCGCCCACUUAAAUUUGUCCGGUCUGUGCGGAGCAGACACGGGGACAGAGAGAAGGAGCAAUAGAGAAGGGUAGAAAGCAGUUGCUUUGUGAGCCUGAAAAUACAUGAUCUAAGUGAUUGAUAGUUGGUAUUCAGCAGUCAUUAAAGUCUGCCUUAUUUACUUUGAAGAAACUACUAAAAUAGUGAUUUAAUCAGACAGCAGCUCUAUAGAGACGAGAUGAUGACUUGGAAUGAAAUAAUAAAGUCAUCAAAUAAAACAAAUAUUCUAUUAAAGGAACGUCAAUUAAUGAUGGUCAAUAAGUGAUAAGCAGUAAUGGUCAGUCACUACCAUCAUGGGACUUAUUGUUUUAUUCUGUGUUGUUAUAGCAUUCAACCCACAUAAUGCAUAGUGCAUUUAAUGUAACGGAAACCGUGUUUAUUUUUUAAUAAUCGAACCGAAACCGAACCGACCUCAAAAACCAAUAAUCACUCAGCACUAACAGUGAGCCAACAUGUUUUCAGCACUUAUAUUUCCAUGACUGAUCAAAACAAAUGAUGGGGGGCAUGCUAUCUCCUGUCCCUCCCCAGCAGACAUAUAGUGAGCAAUAUGUUUGGAACAUCAAAUCGCAGUUUCGAAUAUCAACACAUGUAGAAUCGCAACACAUGGAGAAUCGCAACACAUGGAGAAUCACAACACAUGGAGAAUCACAACACAUGGAGAAUCACAACACAUGGAGAAUCACAACACAUGGAGAAUCACAACACAUGGAGAAUCACAACACAUGGAGAAUCACAACACAUUGAGAAUCGCAAUACAGAUCAUAUCGGCACCUAAGUAUCGUGGUAAUAUCGUAUCGUGAUGUCCCUGGCAUUUCCCAGCCCUAAUGUGUAUGGUCGGGAGUGACCACAUGACUCUUAGCCCUAAUUACCAUUGGUUACCUCUGUCUGAUCCCCCCUGUUCCAUUCUCUCCCUCUCUGCCCCCCCAGUGGAUGAUGAGUUUGACAGUGUUUCCAGCCAGCUCCUAAAGAGAACACAGGCCAUGCUGGAUAAAUACAGACAUCUGCUUUUUGAGGAAUCAACGGUAAGUUAUUAAUGUUAUAUUACCUUAUUAUCAACCAUAAGUUAUUAAAGUUAUCUGUCUCCUUCCACAGCCCUCCCACACUAGGGUUCCUUCUCUGGAGGAUGAUGUAUCUGUUCUGUCUCCUUCCACAGCCCUCCGACACUAGGGUUCCUUCUCUAUAGGAUGAUUUAUCUGUUCUGUCUCCUUCCACAGCCCUCCCACACUAGGGUUCCUUCUCUAUAUGAUGAUUUAUCUGUUCUGUCUCCUUCCACAGCCCUCCCACACUAGGGUUCCUUCUCUAUAGGAUGAUGUAUCUGUUCUGUCUCCUUCCACAGCCCUCCCACACUAGGGUUCCUUCUCUAUAGGAUGUUAUCUGUUCUGUCUCCUUCCACAGCCCUCCCACACUAGGGUUCCUUCUCUAGAGGAUGAUGUAUCUGUUCUGUCUCCUUCCACAGCCCUCCCACACUAGGGUUCCUUCUCUAUAGGAUGAUGUAUCUGUUCUGUCUCCUUCCACAGCCCUCCCACAGUAGUGUUCCUUCUCUGGAGGAUGAUUUAUCUGUUCUGUCUCCUUCCACAGCCCUCCCACACUAGGGUUCCUUCUCUAUAGGAUGAUUUAUCUGUUCUGUCUCCUUCCACAGCCCUCCCACACUAGGGUUCCUUCUCUGGAGGAUGAUGUAUCUGUUCUGUCUCCUUCCACAGCCCUCCCACACUAGGGUUCCUUCUCUAUAGGAUGAUGUAUCUGUUCUGUCUCCUUCCACAGCCCUCCCACACUAGGGUUCCUUCUCUGGAGGAUGAUUUAUCUGUUCUGUCUCCUUCCACAGCCCUCCCACACUAGGGUUCCUUCUCUGGAGGAUGAUUUAUCUGUUCUGUCUCCUUCCACAGCCCUCCCACACUAGGGUUCCUUCUCUGGAGGAUGAUUUAUCUGUUCUGUCUCCUUCCACAGCCCUCCCACACUAGGGUUCCUUCUCUGGAGGAUGAGUUAUCUGUUCUGUCUCCUUCCACAGCCCUCCCACACUAGGGUUCCUUCUCUGGAGGAUGAUGUAUCUGUUCUGUCUCCUUCCACAGCCCUCCCACACUAGGGUUCCUUCUCUGGAGGAUGAUGUAUCUGUUCUGUCUCCUUCCACAGCCCUCCCACACUAGGGUUCCUUCUUUAUAGGAUGAUGUAUCUGUUCUGUCUCCUUCCACAGCCCUCCCACACUAGGGUUCCUUCUCUAUAGGAUGAUGUAUCUGUUCUGUCUCCUUCCACAGCCCUCCCACACUAGGGUUCCUUUUCUGGAGGAUGAUUUAUCUGUUCUGUCUCCUUCCACAGCCCUCCCACACUAGGGUUCCUUCUCUAUAGGAUGAGUUAUCUGUUCUGUCUCCUUCCACAGCCCUCCCACACUAGGGUUCCUUCUCUAUAGGAUGAUUUAUCUGUUCUGUCUCCUUCCACAGCCCUCCCACACUAGGGUUCCUUCUCUAUAGGAUGAGUUAUCUGUUCUGUCUCCUUCCACAGCCAUCCCACACUAGGGUUCCUUCUCUAUAUGAUGAUUUAUCUGUUCUGUCUCCUUCCACAGCCCUCCCACACUAGGGUUCCUUCUCUGGAGGAUGAUGUAUCUGUUCUGUCUCCUUCCACAGCCCUCCCACACUAGGGUUCCUUCUCUGGAGGAUGAUUUAUCUGUUCUGUCUCCUUCCACAGCCCUCCCACACUAGGGUUCCUUCUCUAUAGGAUGAUUUAUCUGUUCUGUCUCCUUCCACAGCCCUCCCACACUAGGGUUCCUUCUCUGGAGGAUGAUGUAUCUGUUCUGUCUCCUUCCACAGCCCUCCCACACUAGGGUUCCUUCUCUAUAGGAUGAUUUAUCUUUUCUGUCUCCUUCCACAGCCCUCCCACACUAGGGUUCCUUCUCUGGAGGAUGAGUUAUCUGUUCUGUCUCCUUCCACAGCCCUCCCACACUAGGGUUCCUUCUCUAUAGGAUGAUUUAUCUGUUCUGUCUCCUUCCACAGCCCUCCCACACUAGGGUUCCUUCUCUAUAGGAUGAUGUAUCUGUUCUGUCUCCUUCCACAGCCCUCCCACACUAGGGUUCCUUCUCUAUAUGAUGAUGUAUCUGUUCUGUCUCCUUCCACAGCCCUCCCACACUAGGGUUCAUUCUCUAUAGGAUGAUGUAUCUGUUCUGUCUCCUUCCACAGCCCUCCCACACUAGGGUUCCUUCUCUAUAUGAUGAUGUAUCUGUUCUGUCUCCUUCCACAGCCCUCCCACACUAGGGUUCCUUCUCUAUAGGAUGAUGUAUCUGUUCUGUCUCCUUCCACAGCCCUCCCACACUAGGGUUCCUUCUCUAUAGGAUGAUGUAUCUGUUCUGUCUCCUUCCACAGCCCUCCCACACUAGGGUUCCUUCUCUAUAGGAUGAUGUAUCUGUUCUGUCUCCUUCCACAGCCCUCCCACACUAGGGUUCCUUCUCUAUAGGAUGAGUUAUCUGUUCUGUCUCCUUCCACAGCCCUCCCACACUAGGGUUCCUUCUCUAUAGGAUGAUUUAUCUGUUCUGUCUCCUUCCACAGCCCUCCCACACUAGGGUUCCUUCUCUGGGGGAUGAUGAAUCUGUUCUGUCUCCUUCCACAGCCCUCCCACACUAGGGUUCCUUCUCUGGAGGAUGAUUUAUCUGUUCUGUCUCAUUCCACAGCCCUCCCACACUAGGGUUCCUUCUCUGGAGGAUGAGUUAUCUGUUCUGUCUCCUUCCACAGCCCUCCCACACUAGGGUUCCUUCUCUGUAGGAUGAUGUAUAUGUUCUGUCUCCUUCCACAGCCCUCCCACACUAGGGUUCCUUCUCUGGAGGAUGAUUUAUCUGUUCUGUCUCAUUCCACAGCCCUCCCACACUAGGGUUCCUUCUCUGGAGGAUGAGUUAUCUGUUCUGUCUCCUUCCACAGCCCUCCCACACUAGGGUUCCUUCUCUGGAGGAUGAUGUAUCUGUUCUGUCUCCUUCCACAGCCCUCCCACACUAGGGUUCCUUCUCUAUAGGAUGAUUUAUCUGUUCUGUCUCCUUCCACAGCCCUCCCACACUAGGGUUCCUUCUCUGGAGGAUGAUUUAUCUGUUCUGUCUCCUUCCACAGCCCUCCCACACUAGGGUUCCUUCUCUAUAGGAUGAGUUAUCUGUUCUGUCUCCUUCCACAGCCCUCCCACACUAGGGUUCCUUCUCUAUAGGAUGAGUUAUCUGUUCUGUCUCCUUCCACAGCCCUCCCACACUAGGGUUCCUUCUCUAUAGGAUGAUGUAUCUGUUCUGUCUCCUUCCACAGCCCUCCCACACUAGGGUUCCUUCUUUGGAGGAUGAGUUAUCUGUUCUGUCUCCUUCCACAGCCCUCCCACACUAGGGUUCCUUCUCUAUAGGAUGAUGUAUCUGUUCUGUCUCCUUCCACAGCCCUCCCACACUAGGGUUCCUUCUCUAUAUGAUGAUGUAUCUGUUCUGUCUCCUUCCACAGCCCUCCCACACUAGGGUUCCUUCUCUAUAGGAUGAUUUAUCUGUUCUGUCUCCUUCCACAGCCCUCCCACACUAGGGUUCCUUCUCUAUAGGAUGAUUUAUCUGUUCAGUGUCUUCUCUUUCUCCAUCACUAGGAUUGUCUUGCUGACUUAUGUGUUAUGUUUAUGAGAUGGCCGUUUAACGUAGACUCAGAAAUACACAAAGUAAACCACAGUAUUGGGAUGACUAAACUAUCGGGCCUCACUCUGAAAUGUCUUUGGUUCACGUUGCUGCUUGUGAUCACUGCAUAGUGCUGAGUCUCAGUUUAAGAAAUCAAUACAAGAACAUGUCAUGGUUUGCUUGUUUCAUUCUUUUUUAUUACAGGAAACAUGCAAGUACAAAAUUAUUUUCCACAUUCAACUGUAUACAGUACAGGACAAUCACCCAUCUAGUAAAGUCCCCUGUAGCUCAGUGGGUUCGAUUCCCACUGGGGGCCAGUAUGAAAAUGUAUGCACUCACUAACUGUAAGUCGCUCUGGAUAAGAGCGUCUGCUAAAUGACUAAAAUGUUAAUGUAAUGUUUGGUUGAUUGAUUAGCUGGCUGGCUGUUCCUGUUGUGUUUCACAGCGCCUUGGCCCGUCAGCUGAGAUGGUAAUGAUGGACAGGAUGUUUAUUCAGGAAGAGAAGAUCUCUCUGGGACAGGACCGCAUCCUCGCCAGGGACAGACUUGGUAACACCUCUAUAUCUGAUAUACAUACAGUGCAGUUGGACAAAGUAUUCAGACCCCAAGACUUUUUCCACAUUUUGUUACGUUUCAGCCUUAUUCUAAAAUGGAUUAAAUUGUUUUUCCCCUCAUCAAUCUACACACAAUAUCCCAUAAUGACAAAGCAAAAACAGGUUUUUAUAAAUGUUUACUAAUGUAUAAAAUAAACUGAAAUAUCACAUUUACAUAAGUAUUCAGACCUUUUACUCAGUACUUUUUUGAAGCACCUUUAGCAGGGAUUACAGCAUCAAGUCUUCUUGGGUAUGAUUCUAGAACCUUGACAUUUGGGGAGUUUCUCCCAUUAUUUUCUGCAGAUCCUCUCAAGCUCUGUCAGGUUGGAUGGGGAGUGUCGCUGCACAGCUAUUUUCAGGUGUCUCUAGAGAUGUUCGAUCGGGUUCAAGUCCAGGCUCUGGCAGGGCCGCUCAAGGACAUUCAGAGACUUGUCCCGAAGCCUGACAGAGCUUGAGAGGAUCUGCAGGGAAGAAUGGGUGAAACUCCCCAAAUACAGGUGUGCCAAGCUUGUAGCGUCAUACCCAAGAAGACUCAAGGCUGUAAUCGCUGCCAAAGGUGCUUCAACAAAGUACUGAGUAAAGGGUCUGAAUACUUAUGUAAAUGUGAUAUAAAAAAAUGUGUUUUGUUUGUUAACUUAGCAAACAUUUCUAACAAGAUGUUUUUGCUUUGUCAUUAUGGGGUAUUGUGUGUAGAUUGAGGGGGGAAAAUACUAUUUUAUCAAUUUUAGAAUAAGGCUGUAACCUAACAAAAUUACCUAUAUAUAUAUAUAUAUAUAUAUAUAUAUAUAUAUAUAUAUAUAUAUAUAUAUAUAUAUACACACACACAUACAGUGGGGAAAAAAAGUAUUUAGUCAGCCACCAAUUGUGCAAGUUCUCCCACUUAAAAAGAUGAGAGAGGCCUGUAAUUUUCAUCAUAGGUACACGUCAACUAUGACAGACAAAUUGAGGAAAAAAAUCCAGAAAAUCACAUUGUAGGAUUUUUUAUGAAUUUAUUUGCAAAUUAUGGUGGAAAAUAAGUAUUUGGUCACCUACAAACAAGCAAGAUUUCUGGCUCUCACAGACCUGCAACUUCUUCUUUAAGAGGCUCCUCUGUCCUCCACUCGUUACCUGUAUUAAUGGCACCUGUUUGAACUUGUUAUCAGUAUAAAAGACACCUGUCCACAACCUCAAACAGUCACACUCCAAACUCCACUAUGGCCAAGACCAAAGAGCUGUCAAAGGACACCAGAAACAAAAUUGUAGACCUGCACCAGGCUGGGAAGACUGAAUCUGCAAUAGGUAAGCGGCUUGGUUUGGAGAAAUCAACUGUGGGAGCAAUUAUUAGGAAAUGGAAGACAUACAAGACCACUGAUAAUCUCCCUCGAUCUGGGGCUCCACGCAAGAUCUCACCCCGUGGGGUCAAAAUGAUCACAAGAACGGUGAGCAAAAAUCCCAGAACCACACGGGGGGACCUAGUGAAUGACCUGCAGAGAGCUGGGACCAAAGUAACAAAGCCUACCAUCAGUAACACACUACGCCGCCAGGGACUCAAAUCCUGCAGUACAAGACGUGUCCCCCUGCUUAAGCCAGUACAUGUCCAGGCCCGUCUGAAGUUUGCUAGAGUGCAUUUGGAUGAUCCAGAAGAGGAUUGGGAGAAUGUCAUAUGGUCAGAUGAAACCAAAAUAGAACUUUUUGGUAAAAACUCAACUCGUCGUGUUUGGAGGACAAAGAAUGCUGAGUUGCAUCCAAAGAACACCAUACCUACUGUGAAGCAUGGGGGUGGAAACAUCAUGCUUUGGGGCUGUUUUUCUGCAAAGGGACCAGGACGACUGAUCCGUGUAAAGGAAAGAAUGAAUGGGGCCAUGUAUCGUGAGAUUUUGAGUGAAACCCUCCUUCCAUCAGCAAGGGCAUUGAAGAUGGAACGUGGCUGGGUCUUUCAGCAUGACAAUGAUCCCAAACACACCAGCCGGGCAACGAAGGAGUGGCUUCGUAAGAAGCAUUUCAAGGUCCUGCAGUGGCCUAGCCAGUCUCCAGAUCUCAACCCCAUAGCAAAUCUUUGGAGGGAGUUGAAAGUCUGUGUUGCCCAGCGAUAGCCCCAAAACAUCACUGCUCUAAAGGAGAUCUGCAUGGAGGAAUGGGCCAAAAUACCAGCAACAGUGUGUGAAAACCUUAUGAAGACUUACAGAAAACGUUUGACCUGUGUCAUUGCCAACAAAGGGUAUAUAACAAAGUAUUUAGAAACUUUUGUUAUUGACCAAAUACUUAUUUUCCACCAUAAUUUGCUAAUAAAUUCAUUAUAAAUCCUACAAUGUGAUUUUCUGGAAUGUUUUUUCUCAUUUUGUCUGUCAUAGUUGACGUGUACCUAUGAUGAAAAUUACAGGCCUCUCUCAUCUUUUUAAGUGGGAGAACUUGCACAAUUGGUGGCUGACUAAAUACUUUUUUUCCCCACUGUACAUACACACACACACACAGUGGGGAGAACAAGUAUCUGAUACACUGCCGAUUUUGCAGGUUUUCCUACUUACAAAGCAGGUAGAGGUCUGUAAUUUUUAUCAUAGGUACACUUCAACUGUGAGAGACGGAAUCUAAAACAAAAAUCCAGAAAAUCACAUUGUAUGAUUUUUAAGUAAUUAAUUUGCAUUUUAUUGCAUGACAUAAGUAUUUGAUACAUCAGAAAAGCAGAACUUAAUAUUUGGUACAGAAACCUUUGUUUGCAAUUACAGAGAUCAUAUGUUUCCUGUAGGUCUUGGCCAGGUUUGCACACACUGCAGCAGGGAUUUUGGCCCACUCCUCCUUACAGACCUUCUCGAGACCCUUCAGGUUUCGGGGCUGUCGCUGGGCAAUACGGACUUUCAGCUCCCUCCAAAGAUUUUCUAUUGGGUUCAGGUCUGGAGACUGGCUAGGCCACUCCAGGACCUUGAGAUGCUUCUUACGGAGUCACUCCUUAGUUGCCCUGGCUGUGUGUUUCGGGUCGUUGUCAUGCUGGAAGACCCAGCCACGACCCAUCUUCAAUGCUCUUACUGAGGGAAGGAGGUUGUUGGCCAAGAUCUCGCGAUACAUGGCCCCAUCCAUCCUCCCUUCAAUACGGUGCAGUCGUCCUGUCCCCUUUGCAGAAAAGCGUCCCCAAAGAAUGAUGUUUCCACCUCCAUGCAAGGCACUACAGAGGGUAGUGUGUACGGCCCAGUACAUCACUGGGGCCAAGUUUCCUGCCAUCCAGGACCUCUAUACCAGGCGGUGUCAGAGGAAGGCCCUCAAAAUUGUCAAAGACUCCAGCCACCCUAGUCAUAGACUGUUCUCUCUGCUACCGCACGGCAAGCGGUACCAAGUCUAGGUCCAAAAGACUUCUCAACAGCUUCUACCCCCAAGCCAUAAGACUCCUGAACAGCUAAUCAUGGCUACCCGGACUAUUUGCACUGCCCCCCCACCCCAUAUUUUUACGCUGCUGCUACUCUGUUAAUUAUUUAUGCAUAGUCACUUUAACUCUACCCACAUGUACAUAUUACCUCAACUACCUCAACUAGCCGGUGCCCCCGCACAUUGACUCUGCACCGGUACCCCCCUGUAUAUAUAGCCUCCCUACUGUUAUUUUAUUUUACUGUAUAUAUAGCCUCCCUACUGUCACUUUAUUUUACUUCUGCUCUUUUUUUCUCAACACUUUUUUGUUGUUGUUUUAUUGAUUUACUUUUUUUAUAAAAAAUAAAUGCACUGUUGGUUAAGGGCUGUAAGUAAGCAUUUCACUGUAAUGUCUGCACCUGUUGUAUUCGGCGCAUGUGGCCAAUAAAAUUUCUAAUAUGCAUAUCUAUAUCAAAUAUGCAUAUACAGUGGGGAGAACAAGUAUUUGAUACACUGCCGAUUUUGCAGGUUUUCCUAAUUACAAAGCAUGUAGAGGUCUGUAAUAUCCAGAAAAUCACAUUGUAUGAUUUUUAAGUAAUUAAUUUGCAUUUUAUUGCAUGACAUAAGUAUUUGAUCACCUACCAACCAGUAAGAAUUCCGUCUCUCACAGACCUGUUAGUUUUUCUUUAAGAAGCUCUCCUGUUCUCCACUCAUUACCUGUAUUAACUGCACCUGUUUGAACUCGUUACCUGUAUAAAAGACACCUGUCCACACACUCAAUCAAAUAGACUCCAACCUCUCCACAAUGGCCAAGUCUAGAGCUGUGUAAGGACAUCAGGGAUAAAAUUGUAGACCUGCACAAGGCUGGGAUGGGCUACAGGACAAUAGGCAAGCAGCUUGGUGAGAAGGCAACAACUGUUGGUGCAAUUAUUAGAAAAUGGAAGAAGUUCAAGAUGACGGUCAAUCACCCUCGGUCUGGGGCUCCAUGCAAGAUCUCACCUCGUGGGGCAUCAAUGAUCAUGAGGAAGGUGAGGGAUCAGCCCAGAACUACACGGCAGGACCUGGUCAAUGACCUGAAGAGAGCUGGGACCACAGUCUCAAAGAAAACCAUUAGUAACACACUACGCCGUCAUGGAUUAAAAUCCUGCAGCGCACGCAAGGUCCCCCUGCUCAAGCCAGCUCAUGUCCAGGCCCGUCUGAAGUUUGCCAAUGACCAUCUGGAUGAUCCAGAGGAGGAAUGGGAGAAGGUCAUGUGGUCUGAUGAGACAAAAAUAGAGCUUUUUGGUCUAAACUCCACUCGCCGUGUUUGGAGGAAGAAGAAGGAUGAGGACAACCCCAAGAACACCAUCCCAACCGUGAAGCAUGGAGGUGGAAACAUCAUUCUUUGGGGAUGCUUUUCUGCAAAGGGGACAGGACGACUGCACCGUAUUGAGGGGAGGAUGGAUGGGGCCAUGUAUCGCGAGAUCUUGGCCAACAACCUCCUUCCCUCAGUAAGAGCAUUGAAGAUGGGUCGUGGCUGGGUCUUCCAGCAUGACAACGACCCGAAACACACAGCCAGGGCAACUAAGGAGUGGCUCCGUAAGAAGCAUCUCAAGGUCCUGGAGUGGCCUAGCCAGUCUCCAGACCUGAACCCAAUAGAAAAUCUUUGGAGGGAGCUGAAAGUCCGUGUUGCCCAGCGACAGCCCCGAAACCUGAAGGAUCUGGAGAAGGUCUGUAUGGAGGAGUGGGUCAAAAUCCCUGCUGCAGUGUGUGCAAACCUGGCCAAGACCUACAGGAAACGUAUGAUCUCUGGAAUUGCAAACAAAGGUUUCUGUACCAAAUAUUAAGUUCUGCUUUUCUGAUGUAUCAAAUACUUAUGUCAUGCAAUAAAAUGCAAAUUAAUUACUUAAAAAUCAUAAAAUGUGAUUUUCUGGAUUUUUGUUUUAGAUUUAGUCUCUCACAGUUGAAGUGUACCUAUGAUAAAAAUUACAGACCUCUACAUGCUUUGUAAGUAGGAAAACCUGCAAAAUUGGCAGUGUAUCAAAUACUUGUUCUCCCCACUGUAUAUAUAUAUAAUAUUUUUUUAUUUUAUUUCACCUUUAUUUAACCAGGUAAGCCAGUUGAGAACAAGUUCUCAUUUACAACUGCGACCUGGCCAAGAUAAAGCAAAGCAGUGCGAUAAAAACAACACAGAGUUACAUAUGGGGUAAAAAAACAUAAAGUCAAAAAUACAACAGAAAAUAUAUAUACAGUGUGUGCAAAUGUAGCAAGUUAUGGAGGUAAGGCAAUAAAUAGGCUAUAGUGCAAAAUAAUUACAAUAGUAUUAACACUGGAAUGCUAGAUGUGCAAGAGAUUAUGUGCAAAUAGAGAUACUGGGGUGCAAAAGAGCAAAAUAAAUAACAAUAUAGGGAUGAGGUAGUUGUAUACAUACCUAUAUAUAAUAUUCAUACCUAUACCUACAGUUGAAGUCGGAAGUUUACAUACACUUAGAUUGGAGUCAUUAAAACUUGUUGUUCAACCACUCCACAAAUGUCUUGUUAACAAACUAUAGUCCUGGAAAGUCGGUUAGGACAUCUACUUUGCGCAUGACACAAGUAAUUUUUCCAACAAUUGUUUACAGACAGAUUAUUUCACUUAUAAUUCACUGUAUCACAAUUCCUCUCUGUCGUAGCCGGCCGCGACCGGAAGACCCAUGGGGUGGCGCACAAUUGGCCCAGCGUCGUCCAGGGUACGGGAGGGAAUGGCCGGCAGGGAUGUAGCUCAGUUGAUAGAGCAUGGCGUUUGCAAUGCCAGGGUUGUGGGUUCGAUUCCCACGGGGGGCCAGUAUGAAAAAAUAAAUAAUAAUAAUGUAUGCACUCACUAACUGUAAGUAGCUCUGGAUAAGAGUGUCUGCUAAAUGACAAAAAAAUAAAAUAAAAACUUUCCAGUGGGUCAGAAGUUUACAUACACUAAGUUGACUGUGCAUUUAAACAGCUUGGAAAAUUCCAGAAAAUGAUGUUAUUGCUUUAGAAGCUUCUGAUAGGCUAAUUUAUAUAAUUUGAGUCAAUUGGAGGUGUACCUGUGGAUGUAUUUCAAGGCCUACCUUCAAACUCAGUGCCUCUUUGCUUGACAUAAUGGGAAAAUCAAAAUAAAUCAGCCAAGACCUCAGAAAAAAGAUUGUAGACCUCCACAAGUCUGGUUCAUCCUUGGGAGCAAUUUCCAAACGCCUGAAGGUACCACGUUCAUCUGUACAAACAAUAGUCGCAAGUAUAAACACCAUGGGACCACGCAGCCAUCAUACCGCUCAGGAAGGAGAUGCGUUCUGUCUCCUUGAGAUGAACGUACUUUGGUGCGAAAAGUGCAAAUCAUUCCUAGAACAACAGCAAAGGACCUUGUGAAGAUGGUGGAGGAAACAGGUACAAAAGUAUCUAUAUCCACAGUAAAACGAGUCCUAUAUCGACAUAACCUGAAAGGCCGCUCAGUAAGGAAGAAGCCAUUGCUCCAAAACCGCCAUAUAAAAGCCAGACUACGGUUUGCAACUGCACAUGGGGACAAAGAUCAUACUUUUUGAAGAAAUGUCCUCUGGUCUGAUGAAACAAAAAUAGAACUGUUUGGCCAUAAAGACCAUCGUUAUGUUUGGAGGAAAAAGGGUGUGGCUUGCAAGCCGAAGAACACCAUCCCAACCGUGAAGCAAGGGGGUGGCAGCGUCAUGCUGUGGGGGUGCUUUGCUGCAGGAGGGACUGGUGCACUUCACAAAAUAGAUGGCAUCAUGAGGACGGAAAAUGUAUGUGGAUAUAGUGAAGCAACAUCUCAAGACAUCAGUCAGGAAGUUAAAGCUUGGUCGCAAAUGGACAAUGACCCCAAGCAUACUUCCAAAGUUGUGGCAAAAUGGCUUAAGGACAACAAAGUCAAGGUAUUGGAGUGGCCAUCACAAAGCCCUGACCUCAAUCCUAUAGAACAUUUGUGGGCAGAACUGAAAAAGCGUGUGCGAGCAAGGAGGCCUACAAACCUGACUCAGUUACACCAGCUCUGUCAGGGUUAGGGUUAGGGUUACAAUGACACACUUAGCUAGCUACCCACCUCGUUUCUUUCUGUUUGCAUGUGAACGUAGUAAGGACUCCAUCAUGCUUUCAAGAUACAUGUCUUUUCAGAUUCCACAAUGAUUCUUUAGUUGUGGACACUACAUCAAUAUUUAGUUGUGGACACUACAUCAAUCUUUAGUUGUGGACACUACAUACCUCUUUAGUUGUGGACACUACAUACCUCUUUAGUUGUGGACACUACAUACCUCUUUAGUUGUGGACACUACAUACCUCUUUAGUUGUGGACACUACAUACCUCUUUAGUUGUGGACACUACAUACCUCUUUAGUUGUGGACACUACAUACCUCUUUAGUUGUGGACACUACAUCAAUCUUUAGUUGUGGACACUACAUACCUCUUUAGUUGUGGACACUACAUACCUCUUUAGUUGUGGACACUACAUACCUCUAGUUGUGGAUACCACACUCCCUCUCUUGCUCUUGGUCCUCAUCUUUGUAAGUCACCUUGAUUUAGCACCUGUGUGUUCUAUCAGUUUCUUUAUAAAAAUAUUUAGCAAACUCCAUGACAGUAGCUAAAGCAAGGGGCUAUUAGCAGCACACAAGUAGACUACAAACGCAUGCUGGGCCGGGCACGCCCUGAGCUGGUGAAGUGAGUGGUACUGGAGCGAAAUUGGAGCGGGGGAGAAGGCCGACGCUCCAGCCUUUGGGAAACUCUCCAACACUCCAGAGCGGGGGAUAAGGCCGACGCUCCAGCCUUUGGGAAACUCUCUCCAACACUCCAGAGCGGGGGAUAAGGCCGACGCUCCAGCCUUGGGGAAACUCUCUCCAACACUCCAGAGCGGGGGAGAAGGCCGACGCUCCAGCCUUUGGGAAACUCUCUCCAACACUCCAGAGCGGGGGAGAAGGCCGACGCUCCAGCCUUUGGGAAACUCUCUCCAACACUCCAGAGCGGGGGAGAAGGCCGACGCUCCAGCCUUGGGGAAACUCUCUCCAACACUCCAGAGCGGGGGAGAAGGCCGACGCUCCAGCCUUUGGGAAACUCUCUCCAACACUCCAGAGCGGGGGAGAAGGCCGACGCUCCAGCCUUGGGGAAACUCUCCAACACUCCAGAGCGGGGGAGAAGGCAGACGCUCCAGCCUUUGGGAAACUCUCCAACACUCCAGAGCGGGGGAGAAGGCCGACGCUCCAGCCUUUGGGAAACUCUCUCCAACACUCCAGAGAAGGGGAGAAGGCCGACGCUCCAGCCUUUGGGAAACUCUCUCCAACACUCCAGAGAAGGGGAGAAGGCCGACGCUCCAGCCUUUGGGAAACUCUCUCCAACACUCCAGAGAAGGGGAGAAGGCCGACGCUCCAGCCUUUGGGAAACUCUCUCCAACACUCCAGAGAAGGGGAGAAGGCCGACGCUCCAGCCUUUGGGAAACUCUCUCCAACACUCCAGAGCGGGGGAGAAGGCCGACGCUCCAGCCUUUGGGAAACUCUCUCCAACACUCCAGAGCGGGGGAGAAGGCAGACGCUCCAGCCUUUGGGAAACUCUCCAACACUCCAGAACGGGGGAGAAGGCAGACGCUCCAGCCUUUGGGAAACUCUCCAACACUCCAGAGCGGGGGAGAAGGCCGACGCUCCAGCCUUUGGGAAACUCUCCAACACUCCAGAGCGGGGGAGAAGGCCGACGCUCCAGCCUUUGGGAAACUCUCCAACACUCCAGAGCGGGGGAGAAGGCCGACGCUCCAGCCUUUGGGAAACUCUCCAACACUCCAGAGCGGGGGAGAAGGCCGACGCUCCAGCCUUUGGGAAACUCUCUCCAACACUCCAGAGCGGGGGAGAAGGCAGACGCUCCAGCCUUUGGGAAACUCUCCAACACUCCAGAGCGGGGGAGAAGGCCGACGCUCCAGCCUUGGGGAAACUCUCCAACACUCCAGAGCGGGGGAGAAGGCCGACGCUCCAGCCUUUGGGAAACUCUCCAACACUCCAGAGCGGGGGAGAAGGCCGACGCUCCAGCCUUGGGGAAACUCUCCAACACUCCAGAGCGGGGGAGAAGGCCGACGCUCCAGCCUUUGGGAAACUCUCCAACACUCCAGUCAAAUUGGGUUCCGCUCCACUCACAUAUUCUGGUUGGAGGCGGCUUAUGGUAGAGAAAUUAACAUGACAUUUUCUGGCAACAGCUGAGGUGGACAUUCAUGCUGUCAGCAUGCCAAUUGCACGCUCCCUCAAAACUUGAGAUAUCUGUGGCAUUGUGUUGUGUGACAAAACUACACAUUUUAGAGUGGCCUUUUACUGUCCCCAGAACAAGGUGCACCUGUGUAAUGAUCAUGCUGUUUAAUUCUAAGCCGUUGGGGAUUUCUAAGCUGACAUAAGGAAGUAUUUUAAGAUGUUCAUACUAUGGAUCAUUUAGCUAUUUGAUUUAGAAUUAUAGGACCCAUUCAGGUAUAAAAAAAUAUAUAGAGAAAUAUGAUUUGGAGAAGUUGUUUCUAUUGGUCAAACUGGCCCUCCUGUGUACAGCAGAGAAGCACAUAGUCAGAUUAGCUUUGACAGAACUGUGGACCUUUGGUCAUCUCUGAUUCAUCUUAUCACUUCCAUAUCUCUCUCUCUCUCCAGAGGAGUAUGUGGCCAACUCAAGGAUGAUGGAGAUUGAGAGUGUAGCUGCCAGCAUGGCCCAGCCCCAGCCCCAGCCCCAGCCCCAGCCCCUGCCCCAACCCCAACCCCAGCCCCUGCCCCAACCCCAACCCCAGCCCCAGCCCCAGCCCCAGCCCCCAGCCCCAGCCCCAGCCCCAGUCGCAUCCCCAGCCCCAGUGGUUUGUGUGUGCUGAGCCCAGCACCAUGAGGAGUGGUGUAGCCCCUACUCCAACUCCUACCCCAACACCUACUCAGGCCCCAACACCUACACCCAUUGCACCGGCCCACUUCCCCUCCACCAAGCUGGUGAUAAAGCAGGGAGGAGCGGGGGCGUCUGUCUCCUGGUCCAGCUCCCCAGCUCCUGUGGCUAGGUCGGGUUCAGGGGUGAGACAGACAGCUGACACCCAGAGUCACCGCUCCUCCUUCAGCCGCUCUCCUCCACCUCCCUCCUGUCACUCACCCUAUCACCCUUCCUCCUCCUCUUGUCCAGCUGAGGAUGAUGAUGAUGCUCUCCCCCAGAGGAGCAGUAAACCCCCCAUGAAGACGUACGCCGCCCGCCCACGCAUCGGCUUGAAGCUCAAGAUCAAGCAGGAGGCGGGGUUUAGUAAGGUGGUGCACAACACCGCCCUCGACCCGGUCCACACACCAUCCACCCCCCUCGACCCGGUCCACACACCAUCCACCCCCCUCGACCCGGUCCACACACCAUCCACCCCCCUCGACCCGGUCCACACACCAUCCAGCCCCCACCCUAAACCCCAGACACAGCCCCAGACACACCCUACCACCCAGCCCCAACCAGCGCCGACACACCCUACCACCCUGCCAGAACCGGCGCCGACACACCCUACCACCCUGCCAGAACCGGCGCCGACACACCCUACCACCCUGCCAGAACUGGCGCCGACACACCCUACCAACCUGCCAGAACCAGCGCCGACACACCCUACCACCCAGCCCCAACCAGCGCCGACACACCCUACCACCCUGCCAGAACCGGCGCCGACACACCCUACCACCCUGCCAGAACCAGCGCCGACACACCCUACCACCCAGCCCCAACCAGCGCCGACACACCCUACCACCCUGCCAGAACCGGCGCCGACACACCCUACCACCCUGCCAGAACCAGCGCCGACACACCCUACCACCCUGCCAGAACCAGCGCCGACACACCCUACCACCCUGCCAGAACCAGCGCCGACACACCCUACCACCCUGCCAGAACCGACACACCCUACCACCCUGCCAGAACCAGCGCCGACACACCCUACCACCCUGCCAGAACCAGAACCGACACACCCUACCACCCUGCCAGAACCAGCGCCGACACACCCUACCAUCCUGCCAGAACCGGCGCCGACACACCCUACCACCCUGCCAGAACCGGCGCCGACACACCCUACCACCCUGCCAGAACCCGCGCCGACACACCCUACCACCCUGCCAGAACCGACACACCCUACCACCCUGCCAGAACCAGCACUGACACACCCUACCACCCUGCCAGAACCAGCACUGGCACACCCUACCACCCUGCCAGAACCAGCACCGACACACCCUACCACCCUGCCAGAACCAGAACCGACACACCCUACCACCCUGCCAGAACCGGCGCCGACUCACCCAAAAGCCCAAGCAGCAGCAGCACUAGCCACGCCGCCUUCUGUAACUGUCAUUAGGACUCCUCCCCCUAGCUGUAACACAGCCUCCUCAGCAACGGUCUCCAUAGCAACCACACAGGCGACCCCCAGCCCACACAGAGUCACAGCCCCCCCAUCCUCCUCUUCCUCCUCUCACUCAUGGUCUUCAUCCUCCUCCUCCUCCACAACUCAGAUGAACGGAGCGUUAGAACAUCACAGUGUGUGUGGAGUCAAGCGUAACCCCGCCUCCACGGCCACUUCCCCUCAGACCACCUGCCGCCUUCCUCUACGGAAGACUUACCGGGAGAACAUCAGCCCCCGCGUCCGACCGGGCGUACCUGGAGGAGGAGGAGACAGUGUCCCGUACCCCCGUCCCUCCCCUUCGCCCCCCAAAUCUCCCCUCCCACCCUCCUCAGAGGGGACGGUGAUCGCCAACAUGAAGCUGGAGAAGAGAGGAGGUAGCCCCAGGGAGGGGGGCUCCCACCCCCACACAGAGCCCAGCCGGGAGGCCCUGAGGCUGGGGAACUCCUCCCCCUCCCCUGGCCUAGUGCAGGGCAUCACAAACACCCACCAGCACCCACACUGCCCCCACCUCUCAGACAGAGGGGCGGAGGAGAGGGGGAGAGAAGGGGAUCAUUGGGACAGAGGGGCGGAGGAGAGGGGGAGAGAAGGGGAUCAUUGGGACAGAGGGGCGGAGGAGAGGGGAGAGAAGGGGAUCAUUGGGACAGAGGGGCGGAGGAGAGGGGGAGAGAAGGGGAGCAUUGGGACAGAGGGGCGGAGGAGAGGGGGAGAGAAGGGGAGCAUUGGGGACAGAGGGGCGGAGGAGAGGGGGAGAGAAGGGGAGCAUUGGGACAGAGGGGCGGAGGAGAGGGGGAGAGAAGGGGAGCAUUGGGACAGAGGGGCGGAGGAGAGGGGGGGAAGGGGAGCAUGGGACAGAGGGGGGAGGAGAGGGGGAGAGAAGGGAGCAUUGGGACAGAGGGCGGAGGAGAGGGGGAGAGAAGGGGAGCAUUGGGACAGAGGGGCGGAGGAGAGGGGGGAGAGAAGGGGAGCAUUGGGACAGAGGGGCGGAGGAGAGGGGGAGAGAAGGGGAGCAUUGGGACAGAGGGGCGGAGGAGAGGGGGAGAGAAGGGGAGCAUUGGGACAGAGGGGCGGAGGAGAGGGGGAGAGAAGGGGAGCAUUGGGACAGAGGGGCGGAGGAGAGGGGGAGAGAAGGGGAGCAUUGGGACAGAGGGGCAGACAUGGGGAGGUAUAAGAGGGUGAGCAGUAAAAACCGCCAGUGGUCAGGGGGGGGUGGAACGUUCAGAAUGGACCAGCAUGCCCCUGGGCCCCCUUCCUCGCCGCCAGACACUUCUUGUUACAGAGACUCAUCACUUCCUGCUAAGCGCUGUAAGUCAGACUCUCCUGUCAUGGACAUGGACAACGCCUCCUUCUCCUCUGGCUCUCCGCCACACGAUGAGUCUCUUAACGAGCACCUGCAGUGUGCCAUCGACUCCAUCCUCAACCUGCAGGGCCAGGCCCAGGGGCCCACGCCGCGCAGGGCCAAAGGGGGCUCCGCCAGGCCACACCACCACCACAGUCAGCGACCCGUGGCCCCCCAGCCCUCCUCACACACAUACAGACCCUCAGUCUCCUCUUCAUCCUCUCUGGUGCCACAGACUCACAGCAGAUAA